AUGGAGAAGGAGCUUCGUGAGGCGGCGCGAGAAGGGAAGCUGAUGGAGGUCAGCAGGCUCCUGGAGAGCAAGGUCAAUAUAAACGCUAGAGAUGACGCCGGCCGGGACGCCCUUCAAUUGGCCUCGGAGUGUGGCCACGCGAAGGUAGAGCGCAUGCUUGUGGAGCACAAGGCUCCCAUGGAGAAGGAGCUGCGUGAGGCGGCGCGAGAAGGGAAGCUGAUGGAGGUCCGGAGGCUCCUGGAGAGCAAGGUUGAUGUGGAUGCUAAAGAUGGCGAUGGCUGGGGCGCCCUUCAUUUGGCUUCGGGGUGUGGCCACGCGGAGGUGGUGCAAGUGCUUGUGGAGCACAAGGUGAAGAUUGAAGCCAAAGAUGGAGGAGGUCGGGCUGCCCUUCAUUGGGCCGUGCAAUUUGGUGGCCACGUGGAGGUGGCGCGAAUGCUUGUGGAGCACAAGGUGGACAUCGAAGCCAGGGAUGAGGAAGGGCGGGUUGCCCUUCAUUGGGCGGUGCAGUUUGGCCACGCGGAGCUGGCGCGAAUGCUUGUGGAGAACAAGGCUGAUGUCAACGUCAAGGACAACAAUGGAGUGACUCCCCUUGACUGCACUUCACCGGAAAAGGUCAGCUUGAAGUACGUGCAGGAGGUCUUUGGCAUCACAGGAUUCAGUUGGCUGGUUGGGAGGGAAGGACCGGAAGCAGUGCGAAUGCUCGGCGAAUGGGCCAGCGACGCUGCAGUCUUCGAUGGGUACCGCGAGGGCAAGGUGGACCGAGCCGCAUUGAGUGGCGCGCUGCGGGCAGUCUUAGCUGGAGAGCUGACCACGAACCGCGCAGGCUCUGGAGAUGGCGUGGUGGACAAAGAUGACAUCGACCUUUCGAGGCAGAACCUCUUCCACGCCCGGGAAGUGGGGGCCAAGCUGAAGGUCCUGCCCGGGCUUUUAGGCACAGAUGCCUGCAAAGUGUCCUUCCUGGAGAGCGUGGCCAAGACCACGAAUGACGAGUCACUGCAGGAGGAGGUGGUCAUCGCCGUGGUCUCCGCCGCGUGGAGGCAGUAUCGGGUUUGGACAGCCCUCGACAUCUUCUUCGGCAUGGCGAACGUGGUACUUCUGCUCCGCGCAUCUCAUGCCCUUCGGCAUGGGCAGCAGUCGUCUGAGUGGUACCUAUAUGCUGCACUCACUUUGCAUGCCAAGAGAACUUGUGAGGAGCUGUGGCAAUACUUCAGCGACGUCUGCAAAAGGCAACUUCCAGAGGUGGACUUCGAUAACAUCUCGGAUGUGGGCUACCUCCUCGUGGGUUGGCUGGCAAUCGUUCGCCAGCUCUCGCUUGGAACCCGUGAGCUCGAGAAGCCACUGAUGUCUGUCUGGUGCGCCAUGGUGUGGCUCAAAGCAUUGUACGACUUAAGGGGUGAGUCCUUCAUGGGCCCCCGGCUGCUUCCAAUCUUAGCAGCACUGAAGGACACCUUUGCCUUCUUUUUCCUUACUGGGGUUUGCGUUGCUGCGGCAGCGCAUGCCUACUACAACCUGGAGCUGCGAGAUGAACCGUCCCCGAUGUAUGCGGCAAUCAUACAGGUUGUCAGAUUAGGCUUGUUUGGCGACUUCGACCUCUUCGAGUUCGAGGGCCUGGACCCCACCCUGCGUCAAAACAAUGUCACCGACGAGCUGGAACCUGUGGACCCAGAGCCCGGGUCGCGCUACACCUCGGCACAUACGCUGUUCUACUGCACCGGCCUGGGCAUCACCAUCCUCCUGAUGAAUGUCCUGAUUGCAGUCCUUAGCCAAAACUUCGAGCUCUAUCAGGGACGCAGCGAGAUUCUCUUCCAGCGUGCGAGGGCGAAGAUGCUUCGGCAGCUGCAAGAUCGGCCUUGGGCCUACGUUCUCAGGCUUCUUCCAAGCACUCAAAGCGGCAGCAAGGCCAUUCACUGGACCAUCAAGGUGUUUGGCACAGCGCAGGGGGACGAUGACGAUCAUCCGAAGAAGGCAGUGGUGCUGCGAUUUCCUCUGCUGCCGUUGGCUGUCACCCUCGGGCAUCGACCUGGAAGUAAAGACAUGCAGCAUCUGCUGCCGAAGCUGAGCAUCUUGAUGCUGCCGUUCUGGCCGCUGAUCUUCGUGAUGUCCCUCUGUCCUUUUCUGAUCUUCCUUUGCUUGGGGGUCUUCUUCAGCUUCGACGGCAUGUCCUUCACGCUUCGCACGGCUCUUGGCUGGCAUGGGCACGAUGGAAGGGCAUACGCCAAAGACUGCCGCAUCUGGAUUCUCUGUCGCGAUGCUGCUCCCGUGGACGAGGUGCGGAGUUUGCGCGCGGCAAUGCAGGAGCAAAUCAAGCGAGUUGAGGCGAAGCAGGAGGAACAGAUGAAGAAGCAGGAGGAGCAGAUGAAGCAGCAGGAGGCGCAGAUCCAAGAAGUUAAGGCGAAGCAAGAGGAGAUGGAUCGCAAGAUCGACCAGCUACUGCACCUCCUCGCAUGCCUUGAACCUCAAGUAGCCCCAGGACCUGCAGAAGCUGCUGAGCACACAGCUGGUGGGGCUUCAUCCGACUGA